CUCGCUCCCCGCGCGCCAGUCGCCCCGCUGCGGUCGAGGCCCCGCUGGGUAGGCUUGUGCUCUGGCGGCCAGACGCGCUCCAUGCGGCCGCCCAGCAUGUCCGGGCACUUUCUGCUCGCGCCCAUCCCCGAGUCCUCCUCCGACUACCUCCUGCCCAGGGACAUCAAACUGGCGGUACUGGGCGCCGGCAGCGUGGGCAAGAGUGCAAUGAUCGUGCGCUUCCUGACCAAGAGAUUCAUUGGCGAUUAUGAACCGAAUACAGGCAAGUUGUACUCACGGCUUGUUUGUAUUGAGGGAGACCAGCUGUCCCUGCAGAUCCAGGACACCCCCGGGGGAAUCCAGGUCCAAGACAACCUCAUGCAGGUGGUUGACUCCCUGUCCAAAUGUGUGCAGUGGGCAGAGGGCUUUCUGCUGGUCUAUUCCAUCACAGACUACGACAGCUACCAGUCCAUCCGCCCCCUUUACCAGCACAUCCGGAAGGUCCACCCAGACUCGAAGGCCCCUGUCAUCAUCGUGGGCAACAAGGGGGACCUUCUGCAUGCCCGGCAGGUGCAGACCAACGAUGGUGUUCAACUAGCCAAUGAGCUGGGAAGCCUGUUCCUUGAAAUUUCCACCAGUGAAAACUACGAAGAUGUCUGCGAUGUAUUUCAACAUCUCUGCAAAGAAGUGAGCAAACUGCACAGCCUUAGCGGGGAGAGGAGAAGGGCCUCUAUCAUUCCUCGGCCACGCUCUCCCAACAUGCAAGACCUGAAGCGGCGCUUCAAGCAGGCCCUGUCUUCCAAAGUCAAAGCCCCCUCCCCACUGGGGUAAACCCACCUCAGACAGACUGCCUCCUUUUUACUGUGCAUUCGUGCAGCUGAGAAGACUGGAGGGGAGGGGGGCUCUCCCUUUUUAACCACAUUCAGAGUUUAUUUUUAUACAAACUAUUGAUUUGCCAGUGUAUGUGUACUUCUGAAAAUUCAAUGAUUGCCCAGAAGUUGAAGAGUUUUUUAAUAAAACUUUUUUUUUUACUGUA